AGCCCUGCAAGGUGCACAACCCGGGGAGAGGGUGCCCGGGGGGUGUGCGUGUGCGUGUGCAGGAGGAAGGGUAGGUGUGCAUGCCUGAGUGUGCAGGUGUGAUUGUGCGCAUGCAGGAGCAAAUGGGCUGUUGUGUGAGUGCGUACACGACAGAGUGUGUGUGUUGAAGUGUGUAUGGCAGACUGUGUGUGCAGGCCCCUGUGUGUGUUUGGGAGGGUGACAGAAUGUGUGAUGCUUGCUGUGCACUGACCUGCAUGUGGUGAUGGUGAUGAUGGCUGUGCUGAGGAUGUGCCGCUGUGUGUGUGUGUUUGUGUGUGUGUGUGCUGUCCUCCACUGAGCUGGUUGUGUGUGUUGCGGGGGGGGGGGGGGUGUCUGUGUGUGCUCCUCUCCCCUCUUACUGAAUUCCAGCUACAGUGCAAUGUGGAGCAGCAGGGUGUGCACACAACAGAGGGGUGUGCAUGUGGGUCUGUGUGUGUAGGCAGCUGUCCUGGUGUGUGCGUAGGUCUGUGUGUAUAAUGGUGAGUAGGUGUGCAGUGUGCAUGUGUAGCUAUGUGGUGUGUGUGUGCGUAGUUGUGUAUGUCUAUGUGCCGUGUGUAUAGUGAUGUGUUUGUAGCGGUGUGCAGUGAGUGCACACAGUGUGUGUGUAGUGUGGGGUGUAGCAGUGUGUGUAGCUGGUGCAGUGUAUGGUUAGCGAGGGGUGUAGGAGUGUGCAGUUUGAGUGUAGUGGCGUGGGGGGGCGUAGCAGUGUGAAGUGUGUGUGCGUAGCAGUGUGCCGCGUGUGUUCAAGUGUGGGUGUGUGUAGCCAUGUGUAACUGUGUGCAGUGUGUGUGCAGCUGUGUGCGCAGUGUGUGUGUGUCAGUGUUCAGUGUGUGUAGCUGUGUGCAAUGUGUGUAGCUGUGUGUAUAGCAGUGUGCAGCUGUGUACAGUGUGUGUGUAACUAUAUGCAGCAGUGUGCAGUAUGUGUAUAGCAGAGUGUAUCUCUGUGUGUGUAGCUGUAUGUAUGUGUGGCAGUGUAGUGUGUGUGUAGCGAUGCGCGGUGUGCGGUCAGUGUGUAGCUGUGUGCAGUGGGUAUGUGUAGCAGUGUGUAUAGCUGUGUGUGUAGCAAUGUGUCAUGUGGAGCAGUAUGCAGUGUGUGUAGCUGAACGUAGCAGUGUGCAACUGUGCAGUACAUGUGUAGCUCUGUGUGUGUAGCUGUGUGCACGGUGCAGUGUGUGUGUAGCUGUAUGUAACAGUGUGUGUGUAGUUCUGUGUGCACUGAGCAGUGUGUGUGUGUAGUUCUCUAUGUGUGUAGCAGUGUGUGUAGCUGUGUGUGUACGUAGCAGUGUGCACUGAGCAGUGUGUGUGUGUAGCUAUGUGAACUGUGCAGUGUGUGUGUAGCUGUGUGCACUGAGCAGUGUGUGUGUAGCUCUGUGUGCACCAUGCAGUGUGUGUGUGUAGCUGUGUGUGUGUACCACUGUGUGUAGCUAUGUGCACAGCGCAGUGUGUGUGUCUGUGUGUGGCAGUGUGUGUAGCUGUGUGCAGUGUGUGUGUAGCUGUGUGCACAGACACACGUGUGUGUAGCUCUGUGUGUCUGUAGCUGUGUGCACAGUGCAGUGUGUGUGUGUAGCAAUGUGUGUAGCUGUGUGCAGUGUGUGUGUAGCUGUGUGCACAGUGCAGUGUGUGUGUGGCUCUGUGUGUGUAGCAGUGUGGGUAGCUGUGUGCACUGUGCAGUGUGUGUGUGUAGCUCUGUGUCUGUGUAGCAGUGUGUGUAGCUGUGUGCACAGUGGAGUGUGUGUGUAGCUCUGUCUGUGUAGCAGUGUGUGUAGCUGCGUGCACAGUGCAGUGUGUGUAGCUGUGUGCGUGUCGCAGUGUGUGUAGCUGUGUGCAGAGCUGUGUGUGCAAGGCCCGCGUGCUGCGUGCGGGGCUCGGUGCGGGGAGGACGCGGCCACCUGACCCCACAAAGGACGCGGCUCCGGCUCCCUCCCUCGCUCGCCUUCCCAAUUUCCCCGGCUCCGCUGCCCGCUCGCAGCCGGCAACAUGGCGAUGGGGCGCUCCCCGGCCGGUCGCUAGCGCGGGGACCCCGCUCCGCUCCGCUCCGGCCCGCCCGGGGAGCGAUGCUGCCGAGGCGCGCCCGGGACACUUCCCCGCCCCUCGCCGCCUGCGCUCGCCCGGCCGGUGAUGGACUGAGCCCCGCCGGCUCCCCGCACUCCCAGCACGGGGCCUCCCCGGCGUGAGGCUGGCCCAGCUGCCCGCCCGGUGGCUCCAUGACGAGGGAGGUGCCCAGCUGGAUGGGGCCCAGGUAGGGGGGAGCCAGCACCCACCAUGCCCUACGCCCUCCCUCCUCUGCACUGCGCUCUCAAGAUGAUGUCCCGCAAGAAGGCCCUGCUGCUGCUGCUGCUGGCACUCAGCACCCUGAGCCUGCUCAUCCACCAGAGCACGCACCUCAACUGGUCCCCCAAGCCUUCCUCCCCAGGCUGCCCCACAGCCCCCUCGCCCCGCCCCAAGCACACCUCGGUGGCCUUCCUGAAGACCCACAAGACAGCGGGCACCACGGUGCAGAACAUCCUUUUCCGCUUCGCCGAGCAGCACGACGUGACGGUGGCGCUGCCCCACCACGCCUGCGACCACCAGUUCUGCUACCCCCGCAACUUCUCCGCCCGCUUCGUGCACCCGCACACCCUGCCCCCCCGCAUCAUCGCCAGCCACCUGCGCUUCCAGCGCCAGGAGCUGCGCCGCCUCAUGCCCAACGACACGCUCUACGUCACCAUCCUGCGCGAGCCCGUGGCCAUGUUCGAGUCACUCUUCACCUACUACAACCAGUACUGCUCCGCCUUCAAGCGGGUGCCCAACGGCUCCAUGGAAGCCUUCCUGGCCAACCCGCUGGCCUUCUACCGCCCCCAGGAGAAGUUCUCCAUGUACGCCCACAACACCCUGCUCUACGACCUGGGCGGGGACAACGACCACAGCCCCGCCGACCCCGCCUACCUGCCCGGCUUCAUCCGCCAGGUGGAGGAGGUCUUCUCGCUGGUGAUGAUCGCCGAGUACUUCGACGAGUCGCUGGUGCUGCUGCGCCACCUGCUCUCCUGGGACCUGGAGGACAUGCUCUACGUCAAGCUCAACAUGCGCGGCCCCCGGUCCAAGGGCAACGUCAGCUCGGAGGUGCUGGCCGCCCGCAUCCGCACCUGGAACGGGCUGGACGCCCAGCUCUAUGACCACUUCAACGCCACCUUCUGGCGCAAGGUGGCGCAGGCGGGGCGGGAGUGCGUGGCGGCGGAGGUGCGGGCGCUGCGCCGGGCCUGCGACCAGCUGCUGCGCCGCUGCUUCGGGGGGCGGCCCCAGCUGCGCCCCGCCACGCAGAUCAAGAACAAGGAGCUGCGGCCUUGGCAGCCCAGCUCCAAGGUGGACAUCGUGGGCUAUGACCUGCCUCCGGCCGUGCCUGGCUCAGGUGCCCCCCCCGAGGAGCGCUGCCUCAAGCUGGCCAUGCCUGAGGUGCAGUACUCCCGCUACAUGCUGCGCAAGCAGAGCCUGCGUGCCCGCCGCAGGGCCCUGCUCCCCCGCCCGCUGCCCCCCCGGGGAGUCCCGCGCCCAGCCAGGGCCCUCCCUCUCCGCCACCCCACAGUGCCCAAAGCGGCCUGAGCAGGGGCUGGGACCUGAGCCCAGACUAGACACUCACGCCGGGGUGAGGGGCUGUGCGGGCAUCGUGGACAUGGUUUCCUGUGCCCCCCCCGCCCUCGGGUCAGCCACGGGGAGAUCCCUUUGCUGGCCCCCUUCUCCCUCCCUGUGACAGUCCCCGUCCUGCACAACAGCCCCACGCCCGCCCCCUGCAUCCCAUGCCCCUUUGGGAGGGCUGGAUCGGAACUGAAUGCCACUGGGGCCUGAGCCGGCACUGGGAAGCUGCCACUCCCCCCUUCCUGAGCCUGCAUCAGGUCUGUUUGCAGGUUCUGGGUGGUUUGCACAUGCCCUGGAUUUGGAAAUCCACCCAUCACCGCCUGGGGACUGAGGCAUCGGGGGGCCUGGGAGGGAAGCCCAGCAGCUCAGCACGGAACAGCAGUGGCUAUGGUUUGGGGUCUAGAUGGUGGCCCCCCCCAACUCCAGCCUUUCUUCCCUAGUGCUCCCCGCCCCAGCACUGGCCCAUACCUCCCCCUAGUGCCGCCAUUCACAUGGAGACAUAGCACUGCAUGGGAGACACAGGGCCCAGCUAAACCCUGGGGAGGUGGGACUCGAACCCCUGCCCCAAGCAACAGAUCAGGGCACACAACACCACACACCCUAUCGCACACACAGACACCCCCCAUCACACAUGGCGCGCACAUCCUAUCUGUCCACACAUUCCCCCCAUUAGUCCCCACCCCCGCUUCCGUUUACCCACACACCUUGCACACAGUGCUUACUUUGUAAUGAAAGAGGUGCCGGGGCUCAAGCGAAUUUUUACAUUCAUACCUGAUGCAGCAAGCCCAGGGGUGCUGGGGCUUGGCACUGCCAAGCCCUGGCCCAAAUUAACCACUGUUUGCACACAUGCACAGUGUCACACACACACAAUCACUCACAGCUGGCCCCCUGUGCAGUCACACACACACACACACCCCUUGCCAGUGUGCCACACUGGUGUGGCAAGGUGACAGUGUCCCAGCCAGGAGUGACUCCCUCCCCGGGCUCCCAGGGGGGGCACUGUCUGGGCCUUCCCGCCUCAUGAGCCAUUCCCUGGGUAAUGGGUUCCCAGGAAGAGGCUGAUUCUGAGCAACUGCCGUCAGGGAGGUUUAGGUUGGAUAUUAGGAAAAACUUUUUCACUAGGAGCGUGGUGAAGCACUGGAAUGGGGUUACCUAGGGAGGUGGUGGAAUCUCCUUCCUUUGAGGUUUUUAAGGUCAGGCUUGACAAAGCCCUGGCUGGGAUGAUUUAGUUUGGGUUGGUCCUGCUUUAGCAGGGGAUUGGACUAAAUAACCUCCUGAGGUCCCUUCCAACCCUGAUAUUCUCUGAUUCUGUGAACUGUCAGGGGGAUGGGAAUCUGCCCCCAAUAAAGGACUCUGUGAGGUG